UCCUAUCCUCCGUGUACCGGUAGACAGGAACCCAGAGCCGCCCGAUCCUCUUGGUCUCGGACUCGCUUGCCUUUACCAGAUUGACACCAUGGCCAUUCUUUUUGCUGUUGUUGCCAGGGGAACCACUAUCCUUGCCAAACAUGCUUGGUGUGGAAGAAACUUCCUGGAGGUGAUAGAGCAGAUUCUGGCUAAGAUACCUUCUGAAAAUAACAAAUUAACAUACUCACAUGGCAAUUAUUUGUUUCAUUACAUCUGCCAAGACAGGAUUGUAUAUCUUUGUAUCACUGAUGAUGAUUUUGAACGUUCCCGAGCCUUCAAUUUUUUGAAUGAGGUAAAGAAGAGGUUCCAGACAACUUAUGGCUCAAGGGCACAGACAGCACAUCCAUAUGCCAUGAAGAGUGAGUUCUCAAGUGUCUUGGCUGCACAACUGAAGCAUCACUCUGAGAAUAAGGGCCUAGACAAAGUGAUGGAGACUCAAGUAGUGGAUGAACUGAAGGGAAUCAUGGUCAGAAACAUAGAUCUAGUAGCUCAGCGUGGAGAAAGAUUGGAAUUAUUGAUAGAUAAAACAGAAAAUCUCGUGGAUUCAUCUGUCACCUUCAAAACUACCAGCAGAAAUCUUGCACGAGCUAUAUGUAUGAAGAACAUCAAGCUAUUCUUAAUCAUCAUUAUCAUUGUAUCAAUUGUGUUCAUCUAUAUUAUUGUGUCACCUCUCUGUGGUGGAUUUACAUGGCCAAGCUGUGUGAAGAAAUAAGAAAGAAAAAAUUAUCAUUGACCAAGGAUACAAGAGAAAAAGGAGUUAAAAAUAUUCCAUGUGACCCAAGCCUUUCAUUACUGGCAGAAAGUGUCUGCCAGUCUCUUCAGCCCUCUUUUCAUUGAUUCUUUUUUUAAUCUUAGUCUAUGUCUCCAGAUUUAUCUUUGUCCUAUCAACCUUUAUUCCAAAGAACUUCAGAUCGAACCAGUCAUUACAGCAGUAGCCUUAAAAAUGCUUUGGUUUGUUUCUUUGGUUUGUUAACUAGUGUUACCUACUUUGAAAAACAUUUUUGGUUUUAAUUGCACAAAGCUAUUGCCAAGGUGGAUACCACCCAUCUUAAGAGAUGUCUACUAAAACUAUAGAGGAGCUUUGUAUGUGCACGUAAAAGUAUUCAAGAGACAAAUAAUAUUGCUUACCAUUCAUCUUAAUGUAUUUUGUUAUUGAAGAGUUUUAGGUGCUUCAAAACAAUAUAAAUGAAGAAUAGUCGUUAUUUGGGGAAUUGUAAUUAAAUUGUCGGUGCUGCUUAUUUUCAGGAGCCCAGAUGGGUAAAGUAUUAUACAUAUUUAUUUCAUUCAGAUGGGGAACAUUUUGCUAGCCUACCAGAAGCACACAGAUUAUUCUUGUCCUCCUAGUAUUCACUUUCAGGAAUAAAAUUAAGGGCACUAAUCAUUUACAAUAUAGUGAUUAGCUUAUUAUCUUCUGUUUUCCCAUUGUAGUCAAUUGGAGAAGAUUAUGGUUUAAAUAUUGUUAAAGCUUAUUGUUUUUAUAUAUUCCUUUUCUUUGAAUAUUAUACAGCAAUCCUAUUGUUAAUAGAAUGGGUAAUGGAGGGGUGGGAGGCAAAUUCCUGUGA